AUGACGAACCCCUACUUACCUCGAGAACCUCGGCAUGAUCCGGCUCCAUUUCUCUCGAUCUUGCCUUCAGACCUGCACUACAUCCUUGGUACGUAUUAUCUGGACUUUGAUACACUCCUUGCGCUGCGACAAACAUGUCGAUCAAUGUACACGGUAUUGACUCCGGACGUCGUCCGGCGCGUGCGGGCACGGCUCAUCCAAAGAUCGCUAGAAAUGGAAAAGGAACAAUUCCGCGCUUACAGAAGCAUCUAUCCUCGGCAGCGCCUCGGCCAUAUCUGGGAUUUACUAUAUGCGGCAUUCGACUUUCGUCUGGUCGAACGUCCUGUGAAGGAACUCACAUGCUACGGAUGCCUCGAGAUCAAACCGUUGUGGUGUUUCGUGGAGAAGAUGAGUAAUCGCGGCACAGGCCUAGGCGCGAAAUUCGCCCAGGACCGAAUGUGCAAGGACUGCAUGCGACAGUACCGAGAUAUUGAGGGCCGGUGGUACAAGGAUAACUGGGUCAAGAAAAGCGACAUGGUACGGAAGUUCAGUAGAGGCCGCCGAGUCCGGCAAUGGAUAUUCGAAGGUCGGCCUCUGGUUAAUCCGGACGAGGAGAUUGGCGUCUGUGCCAACUGUGGCAGCGGAUCCUUUGAGUUGUGGUGGGGAUGUGUGUCAUGUUUCGAGCUGGAGGAGAAACGCCGUCGAGACCUGGACCUUGGGGGGUUGACUCGGUUGCAGCGCAAGAUCUUCGAUGUCGUUGAUUCGUGGCGGGUCCGUAUCGAGAUCAAAGAAAGACAACGCCACGCUGCUGGGUCGAGAAGAAGACGAAAGAGCCUCUCCGUCCCCAACGUUACGUGGACAGGAAGUUUUUCCGACCGCAAGGCUGCGUUGAUCGAGUGGAAGGAGAGCAAGGGUAAGAGCAAAAGCGAGCCUCUCAGCCGCGGUGGCUAUAGCCAUGGAUCUUCUGGAUGCAACGGUUCAAGAACACCACAGCCUGACUUACCAUGGCGAGCCAUCAAUCAGAUUCCUCUGCCCAACAAUCGACGCGAACUUAGGUGUUCAUCGUGUUGGGUCCCCAAUUGUCCGCGUCGGACAUAUAUGCUCGGACUGGCUUAUGAAGGUCCCCUCCCCAUGGAACGAUGGUGUGAGGGCUGUCAACGAGAUUAUGAGGAACGACAUGCGAGGAAAGAAGAGCUUAAGAUGCGGAAAGCCAUGAGAAAUGAUGAGGCAAAUGGUAUCUCCGGCGACGGAUGGCUCGAUGGUCUUGAACUUGGAAGACUUUUUGAUGAUCAAGAGGGUCAAGGAUGA